UAAAAUAUGGCGGUUUUUACGACAGUUUUGUGCCAGUUUACGGCAGCCAUAGGUCAGAGGAUCGUGUAGUGAACGUUUUUACAAAGAUGCCUCGCGAAACCAGACACUACCGGAAGCGAUCACGCUCCUCGAGUGGGUCUCCCUCCCCGUCGAAGUCUCCCGUCCCGACGAAAAGCGAGGAGAAAAGUAAACGGAAGAAGGACAAGGAGAGGUCAAAGGCCAGACGGUCCAGGUCCCGAAGUCGUGACAGGAAGCCUUCUCGUUCACCUGGCCGAGAUGGGAAGUCACGCAAAAAGUCAAGGUCGCCCGCCAGAAGGAGACGGAGAAGUUCAGGGUCACCCGGAACCUCAAGGUCACGGAGGAAAUCCAGAUCUCCCAGCUUGGAGCGGAAACGAACACCACUGAAGGUCAAGGACGAAAAGAAGUCCCCAAGAAGGUCAGAGAGUAAAGAGCGGAAGACGUCCCCCUCCCCCUCUGCUGCCAUGGUAACCAAGUCUCGCUCCAAGUCGCCCGCCGCGGCUGAGAAGGCAGCGUCUCGCUCCCCCAGCCCGCAGAAGACGCGCUCCAAGUCUCCUCAUAAGAAGUCGGGCUCCAAGUCACCCGUCAGAAGCCAGAAGAAGUCCCGCUCACCAUCACCGGGCGUCGCCAAGAAGUCCCGCUCGAAGUCUCCGGGGAAACGGAGAAAGUCUGCAUCACCUGUUGGGAGGAGGAAGCGGUCCAGGAGUCGGUCUCGCUCCCCAUCGCCCGCAGUACGCAGGAAGAGGUCACGCUCAAGGUCACGCGACAGGGACAGGAAAAGAAGCAGAGUGGGUAAGAAGUCUCCCCCCAAGGUCAUCUCCCUACGCGACCUUCGUCGGUCGCGCAGCAGGAGUCCGGUCCGCAGACGGCUCAGCCCGAUCCGUCGCAGCCCCAGGAGACGCCGCUCACGCAGUCGCAGCAAGGGUCGCAGGUCACCAAUCAGGAGAAGGUCGCGCAGCCCCCGCCACAAGUCCCGCCACUCUCGCUCUCGAUCACGCUCCAAGUCCCCGAAGAAAGAAGAGAAAGUGAAGGAAGAGAAAGAAGAGGUUCUUGACAAGGAUGCUGAACAGAAGCGUCUGGAAGAGGAAAUGAUUCGGCGCCGAGAGCGAGUGGAGAAGUGGAGACAGGAGAGGAAGAAACAGGAGGAUCUGCAGCGGGCACAGGAGGCAGCACAGGAGGAGGCUGCUAAGAUCGGUAAGAAGUGGAGUCUGGAGGAUGAUGAAGACGACAGUGAAGAGGAAGAGCAGCCGAUGGAGACCAACGAUGAGGAUGAUGAUGAUGAUGAUGAAGAGGGCAAGGUGAAGAAGGAAGAUGAAGAUGAUGAUGAUGAGAUUGACCCUCUGGACGCCUUCAUGAAUGACAUUAAAGAGGAGGUGAAACAGAUCAACAAGAAGGACCAGGAGAGAGUGGGGAAGGUCUACAGCUCCGACACUACCAACGGAUCACAGGUGGAGACGAAAGGGAAAGUGACUGUGAUCACGGCGGUGGCUAAGAAGAGCGGGAAGCGGGAAGCCAGGGGCGAGCUGAUCGAGCAGAACCAGGACGCGCUGGAGUGGUCCUCCGAGGAGGAGGAGGAGGACCUCGGACAGACGCUCUCUAGCUUCCAGUCUAAGGCCAAGAAGCUGCUAGCGAGCGUGGACCACACCCAGAUCGAGUACGACCCCUUCAGGAAGAACUUCUACGUGGAGGUGCCCGAGCUGCAGAAACUCAGCGAGGACGAGGUCAAGGCCAUAAGGGCCGAGCUGGAGGACGUCAGGGUGAAAGGAAAGGGCUGCCCGAAGCCCAUCCUCCACUGGGUGCAGAGCGGCGUCUCAAAGAAAGUCUUGUCCUGUCUGAAGAAACACGGCUUCGAGAAGCCGACACCCAUCCAAGCGCAGGCCAUCCCAGUUGUGAUGUCAGGACGGGACAUGAUCGGGAUCGCUAAGACGGGCUCCGGCAAGACGCUCGCUUUCCUCAUCCCCAUGUUCCGCCACAUCCUGGACCAGAGGCCGCUGGAGGACACUGAGGGACCCAUAGGAGUGAUCAUGACCCCCACCCGAGAACUUGCUCUGCAGAUCACUAAAGAGUGUAAGAAGUUCACUCGGCACAUGAACCUAAAGGUGGUGUGUGUGUACGGAGGGACCGGCAUCAGCGAACAGAUUGCAGAGUUGAAGAGAGGAGCAGAGAUCAUCAUCUGUACUCCCGGGCGUAUGAUCGACAUGCUGGCAGCUAAUAAUGGCCGAGUGACAAACCUUCGGCGCUGUACAUAUCUGGUGUUGGACGAGGCUGACAGAAUGUUCGACAUGGGAUUUGAACCACAGGUGAUGCACAUAGUGAACAGCGUGCGGCCGGACCGUCAGACCGUGAUGUUCUCGGCGACGUUCCCGCGGAACAUGGAGGCUCUCGCGCGCAAGGUGCUGCAGAAACCCAUCGAGGUGCAGGUCGGAGGUCGCAGCGUGGUCUGCAGCGAUGUCGAACAACACGUGGUUGUACUGGAAGAGGAGCAGAAGUUCUUCAAGUUGCUGGAGCUUCUGGGGAACUUCCAGGAGAAGGGGAGUGUGCUGGUGUUUGUGGAGAGGCAGGAGGUGGCUGACACGCUGCUCAAAGAUCUGCUUAAGGCAGCCUACUCAUGUUUAUCACUGCAUGGAGGUAUUGACCAGUAUGACCGAGACAGCAUCAUCAAUGACUUUAAGUCGGGGAACUGUCGGCUGCUGGUGGCGACGUCGGUGGCUGCUCGAGGGCUGGACGUCAAACAGCUCAUCCUGGUGAUCAACUACGACUGUCCUAACCACUACGAGGACUAUGUACACAGAGUGGGUCGGACGGGCAGAGCUGGAAACAAGGGUUUUGCGUACACGUUUAUAACGGAGGACCAGGGUCGGUACGCCGGCGAUGUCAUCAAAGCUCUGGAGCUGUCGGAGAGGCCGGUACCCGAGGAGGUCCUCAACCUGUGGACCGAGUACGUCAACAGACAAAAGGCUGAAGGAAAAGCAGUGAAGAAAACGAGUGGUUUUACCGGGAAGGGGUUCAAGUUUGACGAGACGGAGCAAGCUCUGGCCGACGAGAGGAGAAAACUGCAGAAAGCAGCGCUGGGCCUGCAGGACUCGGACGAGGAGGAUGCCGCUGUAGAUAUUGACCAGCAGAUCGAGGACAUGUUUGCGAGUAAGAAGCGCGUGAAAGACGUGACGGCGCCGGUUGCAAACGUCCAGACGACGAGCCAGCCGCUGGAGCUGACCAAAACAACCGCGGAAAAACUGGAGCUGGCCAAACGUCUGGCCACACGCAUCAACAUGCAGAAAAACCUCGGAGACCAGGCACAGGAUGUUGUUCAGCAGGCUGCCUCAGCUGUGAUGAAGGGAGAGAUCCUUGCUGCACCUGCUGUGUCUGCUAAGACCAUAGCAGAACAGAUGGCCGACCGUAUCAACGCCAAGCUAGGCUACACACCCCAGGCCAGCGAAGACACACAGGAGGAGCAGACCAACGUCGAGACGUUCAAACGCUACGAAGAGGAGCUGGAAAUCAACGACUUCCCUCAGACUGUACGAUGGAAGGUCACGUCAAAGGAGGCCCUAGCCCACAUCCAGGAGUACUCAGAGGCUGGCAUCACUGUCCGAGGAACGUACUUCCCACCUGGCAAGGAGGUCAAGGAAGGGGAGAGGAAAAUCUACCUGGCCAUCGAGAGUACCAAUGAGAUGUCAGUACAGAAGGCAAAAGCAGAGAUCAAACGCCUGAUCAAGGAAGAGCUGGUCAGACUACAGAACUCCUACCAACCUCUCAACAAGGGCAGAUACAAGGUCAUGUAGGCAGGAGCCCCCCUCCCCCAUAGAACUGACAAGGGCAGAUACAAGGUCAUGUAGCCAGUUGCCCCCCUCCCCAUAAAACCUUAUAAACACAGAUCACUAGAUGCAUGUAUGAUAGCAGUGUGUUCCAGCUAAAAGAAUAAGUAGUGAUAUUCUAUAUGAAGAUUCUACAAGAGUAAGAGUUGCUUGGAUGUGUCUGACUGGGUUUCCAAACUGUAUGCAAGUAAUAAAUUUGUACACUAUAACUACAUGUAUGGUGUAGAGUUAUAAGUACACAAUGUAAUGCAGGUGGCACUGUUCUUUGCCUGUGAAAUAAGCUAUCAGUAUCUCACACAGUGGUAUCCUUUCUAGUUGUUUUCCUAGCUCAUUGAGGGUAACAUAUGCAAGGUAUACAUUAGGAGUAAGUUUGUCACAUGUAAAAUAUUUUAAGUGGAAGGGUUUGUGUUC